AUGUCUGGACCAUCAGGAAGAAGGAAGCAGAAAGUGAAAUGGAGCAAACUGUAUACUUUUGCAUGCUUGCGGCCAAGCACUACUGAUUCUGCACCUAUUCAAAGUCUUCUUGGACAGCCGGGAUUUUCUAGGGUGGUUUUCUGCAAUGAAUCUCAGCUUCACAAGAUCAAACCACAUAGGUAUCCAAAUAAUUAUGUAUCCACAACCAAGUACAAUCUUCUGACCUUUCUGCCAAGAGCGAUUUUAGAGCAAUUUUGCAGGGUUGCCAAUUUGUACUUCCUCUUAGCAGCAGUGCUGUCUAUUACUCCAUUGACUCCCUUUACUCCCAUAAGUUUAAUUGCACCCCUCGUGUUUGUUAUGGGAAUUAGCAUGCUCAAAGAGGCAGUUGAAGAUUGGCAUAGGUUUUUACAGGACAGGAAUGUAAACUCCCGGAAAGUGAAGGUUCAUGUAGGCAAUGGCUUAUUUGUGCAGAAAUCCUGGGAAUCACUGUGUGUAGGAGAUGUUGUCAAAGUUAGCAAGAAUGAAUAUUUUCCUAGUGAUCUUCUUUUGCUGUCUUCUAGCUAUGAGGACGGUGUUUGCUAUGUUGAGACCAUGAAUCUUGAUGGGGAGACAAAUCUGAAGGCCAAAAGAAGCUUGGAAGCCACACUUUGUCUGGAUGAUAAUGAAGAAUUUAGCAGAUUUAAAGCCACAAUACGUUGUGAGGAUCCAAAUCCAAGCCUUUACACUUUUGUGGGAAAUUUAGAGUUCAUAAAUGAAUCCUAUCCCUUGUCCCCAACCCAAAUUCUUCUAAGAGACUCCAAACUUCGAAAUACAGAAUAUAUUUAUGGAGUUGUGAUCUUCAGUGGUCCAGAUGCCAAAGCUGUGCGAAAUUCCAUGAGAGCUCCAUCUAAACGUAGCAAGGUUGAAAGAAAGAUGGACCAUGUGAUUUAUGUACUUUUUGCUAUGAUGGUGUUAAUUUCAUCAAUCUCCGCCGCUGGCUCUGCACUAUAUACAGAAUCUGAAAAGGAAAAAAGGUGGUAUCUUCGUUUGCAUGAAAAUGUUGAUAAUUUGUUUGAUCCAUCAGAUCCAGUUCUCUCUUGUUUUUUGCAAUUUCUAAGGUCCCUCAUUUUGUAUGGUUACUUGAUUCCUAUCUCUCUCUAUGUCUCCAUUGAAAUUGUCAAAGUUCUACAAGCUAUGCUUAUUAACAAAGAUCUAGGUAUGUAUGAUGAAAUGACAGGCAAGACAGUUAAAGCCCGAACAUCUAACUUAAAUGAGGAGCUUGGACAAGUAGAAAUGAUUCUGUCAGAUAAAACUGGGACCUUAACUUGCAAUCAAAUGGAAUUUAGGAAGUGUUCGAUUGAAGGUAUUUCAUACGGGGGUGAAGUGAAUGAAGUGGAUCUUGCAGCUUCUCAAAGAAUGAACAUUGAUGUGGAGAGAUAUAGGUUCAGCUUGGAUGGAUCUGAUUCUACUGGUCGAAGUAUUGAGAUGUUUGACCUUUCUACAGCUGAUGCUAGCAUAGAGAAGGAGAUUUUACAUUGUAAUCAUGGCUCGGAUGAUCCAAAGGCUCAAAAUUCAAGAAUUUCCAUUACAGGGAAAGAAUCCAUUAUCAAGGGUUUCAAUUUCAGAGAUGAUCGUCUCAUGGACAAAAUGUGGAUCUAUAGGUCUAAUAUAACUGACAUGGUCACUUUUUUCAGAGUCAUGGCUUUGUGCCACACAGGCAUUCCAGUUGAAAACGACCAGAGCGAUAGAAUGAUGUAUGAGGCAGAGUCUCCUGAGGAAGUUGCCUUCCUGAUUGCAGCACAAGAGUUUGGAUUCAAAUUUUGUGAAAGAACUCAGUCUACUAUGGUUCUUCAAGAGCUUGAUCCUUCAUCAGGAUUGGUGGUGAAGAGAGAAUACAAGCUUUUGAAUCUAUUGGAGUUCAAUAGCUCCAGAAAGAGGAUGUCUGUGAUAGUACGCAAUGAAGAUGGGGAGGUCUUUUUGUUCUGCAAAGGAGCUGACGAUGUCAUCUUUGAGAGGCUUGCAGACAAUGGUAGAACAUAUCAGCAGGCAACAACUAUGCACCUUUCAAAUUAUGCAGAAGAUGGCUUGCGCACUAUGGUGUUUGCAUAUAAAAGAAUUGGGUUGUCUGACUAUGAAGAUUGGAACUCAAUAUUUACAAAGGCUAAGGCUACGAUAAGUUCAGAAAGAGUAGAAAUACUAGAGAAUGCCUCUGAGAUGAUCGAGAAAGAUUUGCUUUUACUAGGUGCCGUAGCAGUGGAAGAUAAGUUGCAGAAGGGGGUUCCUGAAUGCAUUGAUAAACUUGCGCAAGCAGGCCUAAAGAUCUGGCUACUAACUGGUGAUAAAAAAGAAACAGCAAUAAACAUUGGAUAUGCUUGCAGUUUACUUCGGCAGGAUAUGAAACAGCUUCAUUUGAAGUUGAGCACAAAAUUGGAAUCUAACCAUCAAGUGAAGGAUGUCAAAGAAGAAAUUUUACUGCAAGUAGAAAUUUAUAACCAAAUGAUUAUUCAAGAAGACAGAAAAGACGCCCCUUUCGCUUUAGUUGUUGAUGGCCAAGCUUUGGAGAUAAGUUUGAGUAGCAAUCUGAAACACCAGUUCUUCUCCUUGGCUAUGAACUGCGAUGUGGUCAUAUGCUGCCGAGUUUCUCCCAAACAGAAAGCCUUGAUUACUCGAUUGGCAAAACAGCAUUCUGGAAAGACAAUCUUGGCAAUCGGUGAUGGAGCUAAUGAUGUUGGCAUGAUCCAGGAAGCUGAUAUUGGAGUUGGAAUCAGCGGCAUGGAAGGAAUGCAGGCUGUAAUGGCAAGCGACUUUUCAUUGCCUCAAUUUCAUUUCUUGGAGCGCUUACUAAUAGUUCACGGGCAUUGGUGCUACAGGAGGAUCUCCAAGAUGAUCCUCUACUUCGUGUAUAAAAACAUCGCAUUUGGGCUUGCACUGUUCUAUUACGACAUUUACACUGGUUUCUCAGGGCAGGAUUUAUACGAUGAUUGGUAUAUGGUCAUGUUCAAUGUACUAUUGACAUCUUUGCCAGUUAUAUCUCUAGGUGUCCUAGAGCAGGAUGUUUCAUCCGAUGUCUGUUUGCAGUUUCCAGCCCUUUAUCAGCAGGGACAAAAGAAUAUCUGUUUCAGUUGGAAGCGCAUUGUUGGUUGGAUAUUAAAUGGUAUUUUGGCUUCUCUGGCUAUCUUCACACUGAACAUCUAUAUAUUGUCCCCAGCUGCUUUUGAUCAAGAUGGGAAUGUGGCAGACAUUGAACAUAUUGAAUACUCAAGAAAUGUAUUUCACAUCUUCACUGAAGCGAUUGGGCCUGCAUCUAUGUAUUGGAUUGUUACAUUGCUUGUGGUAGUCGUUUCUCUACUUCCUUACUUCAUUCACAUCACCAUUCAACGGUCAUUCUAUCCGAUGGAUGAUCACGUGAUCCAAGAAAUCAAGCAGUACAGGCGGGAUAUAAGGGACAGUUCAUCAUGGCUGAGGGAGCAGGAGAAAUCGAAAAAGAUGACACAAAUUGGAUUUUCUGCACGAGUGGAUGCAAAGAUUGUCAAUUUGAAGGAGCAAAUGCAUCAGAAGAGGAAAUCAGUGUAUUUCUCUUUGACAAAUAGCCCUAUAUAUAAAUCUAUGAUGCGUAGGGAAACAAGUCCACAUUAA